AUGGAUCAACUGGUGAAACUAAACUAUUUCCAUGAUUCUCAGUGGACCAAGACGCAGAGGCCCUACAUCGCACUCCCAGGACUUCUAAAGACGAUCCAUUAUGCCAAUUUUGACUAUGUUACGGGACCUGAGCAGCUGAUCAAAGACGUGCGUGGAUGUACAGAGACAUUCAUGUUGCAUGAGCAAGGCUUCACCUUCUUGCCUUGGUCUCCCUCCGACAUUGAUUGGACUGAUGAAGCGGAUAUUGAGAAUCGCUAUCUUCCUCAAGUCAAGGACCUGCUCCAGAAGGAGCUUGAUAUCGGCGAAUCUCUCAAGAGAUGUGAGAUAUUUGAUUGGAGGCUUCGAAAGGCAGACUCUCAAGAGGUGAUGCGUCAGGUAUGCGACGGUAGAAUGAUCAAAAUAAAGCCAGCCGACAUCGUGCAUAUAGAUCAAAGCCCCGCUGGGGCCCUGGACCGACUGCGUCUGCAUCUGCCCCAGCAAGAAGUGGACGAGCUCCUAAAAAGAUACAGAGUCCGGAUUUUCAACGUCUGGAGGCCCUUAAACGACGUCGUUGAGGACUGGCCGCUUGCAAUAUGCGACGCCCGCACCGUAACUACAGGCGAUCUCGUCGAGCUCGAGUUUGUCACCGAUGAACUCGUGAAGCUAAGUUACUUGGCGCGAUGGAAUGAAAAGUACCGCUUCUACUAUCUCAGCGAGAUGACGAAUCAAGAUGCUUGCAUCUUCAAGAUAUUUGACUCCGCCUCGUUUGAGAAUCAAAUGGAUGCAAGCGCAACGCUGGGCUGCCCGCAUACGGCAUUCCGGCUUCCAGCUACUUCAGAGACAGGUAAACGACCUCGAGAGAGUGUCGAAGUGAGGCUCUUUGUAUUUUCCACGGAUUAA